UUGCCAUUCAGUUGAAUAACGUGAAUGCUUGUGAAUAGACAUGAGUGCGGACUCCGAUGGUGACUAUUUUAUGCGAAGUCGCAAGGUGCGAGACAAGCCAGCUUUGUGGGAUUCGUUUCAGGAUCCGCCAGCAAAGCGAACUAGUGGCUCUGAUGCUGAUUGGAAGAAAUUGCAAUUUUUCACGAAACUUUUCAAGCUUUUCACGUACAUUGUGGUCUUCGGUGUUGUGUUGGCUUCCAGCGUGGCAGCCAAGUUAGCUUAUAUCUAUAUGGCUGGCAAUACCAAUGGCGAUGGCAAGGUGCAAAUGUGCAGCAAAUACCUUCUACUUGACGGCCAGGUGAUGGCAAUGCGCAGCAAGCUGGAACAAAUUGCCUGGGUUUGGGCCCUGAUCUUUGCCUUUGCCGCCCCUGAGCUAUUCACCUUUCUGCGCUCCCUCCGCAUCUGCAUGUUCAAGCGCGAGCAGAGACCCAGCCGACUGGAAGUGGCACUGGUCACACUCUUUGAACUGCUGCACGUCGUUGGCUUGGCGCUGCUCACCUUCACCGUGUUACCGCAAUUGGAUGUGACGCGUGGAGCGAUGCUCGGCUGCUGCGUGGGCUUUGUCCCGGCACUGCUCAAGCUGCUGACUGUCGCACGUUUGCAAUGGAAAUCUGUGGAUAUAUAUGUGCUCGCAGCUGCCAUUUUGGCCAUGAUAUCACAGGGCAGCGUCUUCGUGAUUUGGCCAGCAAUGUCUUCGCAGCUGGAGGUGCAAUUGCUGGCAAUACCAUUGUUGUUGAUCUCAUUUCGUUGGUGGGAAAAUUUUGCCAACACACACGAGUCAAUAGCCUACAUUAUUCGAACGAUACGCUUCACACGCUCACGUUAUCAUACUUACCUGUAUGUGGCCCCUUUGAAGAUACUGGUGUUUGGCCUGAUGGGUUUCCUGUUGCACGGCCAGAAAUUUGUGGACUACUUUAAGCUAUUUGUGAAGGCGUGGCAAACGCAUAUCAUAAGAGUAACGCAUGCGGAUGGUUUGCAGGAUACGGUGAAUUUGGCAGGCACAAUCGCAAUCAACGGCAGCUCAUUUAUCAAGGCGACGACAAGCAAGCAGUUCUCACUGCAGUCGAAUACGAAUGCCGUUAUCUACGCACUCCUGUUGCAGGUGUCCGCUGCCUAUUUGUGUCACAUUUUCGGCAAGUUUGCGUGCAAGAUAAAGAUACAGAGCUUCAGCUAUGCGCUGCCACUUUGCCUGGCGACACCCGUCACCGUUUGCCUGGCAACCUGGUUGGCCCAGAUGCGUGCUGCGGAUUUGUGUUCGCUGCACGGCUUGAUGCCGGAUUAUCUGACGUUGCAGCCACUUGGCCAGAAUCUGCAGCAGCUGGGCGAAAAGAGUCUUGAGUACGCGCUCUGGCUGUGGCCACUGUGGUGGCUGGCCCAGCUGUGGACGUGCCUGCAUCUGUGGCGGGCGAGAAAUGACAAGAACGCACCCACCGAGAAGCUGUACGUGUGUCCUUGGUACUGUGGCCUGCUGGUGGAUCAAUGCUCCAUGAUGAAUAGACGCAUUCUCGACUGGACCGAUGAGUAUCUGACUAUUAAGAGCGAUUUGACGGCUUCUGGGGAUACGAAAGCGGGUCUGGCAGCUGACAGCAAUUCGAGUCGCGAUAUACAGGAAAAGGAUAAAAUACCGCAACUGAUUGUUUGUGCAACAAUGUGGCAUGAGACUGAAGAGGAGAUGAUGGAAUUUCUGAAAUCAAUUGUACGCUUGGAUGAGGAUCAAUGCGCACGACGAAUGGCAAAAACGCAUCUAAAUGGUGGCAAAGCGGAUGAUGAAUACUAUGAAUUGGAAACUAACAUAUUUUUCGAUGAUGCUUUUGUGCUAGAUCAACGACACUGUCAGAACAAAAGAAAUCCGCCAUUGAAUGAAUACGUUAAGACCUUGAUACGCACUAUUGACAAGGCCGCCUUUGAGAUCUAUGGGGUUAAUAUUAAAAUCAAGCCUCCGUUAAAAAUCGAAACACCGUACGGAGGUCGACUGGUGUGGACGCUGCCCGGUCGCACCAAGAUGGUGGCGCAUCUAAAGAACAAGGAUAAAAUACGUCACAAGAAGCGCUGGUCCCAGGUCAUGUAUAUGUAUUACCUGUUGGGUUUUCGCAUCAUGGAAACGGAGCUGCUGUCGGCGCAACGCAAGGCUGUCAUCGCUGAGAACACCUUUCUGCUGGCCUUGGAUGGUGAUAUUGAUUUUCAGCCGCGAGCUGUGCAGCUGCUGAUUGACCGCAUGAAGGCGAUUGAUGAGCUGGGCGCUGCUUGCGGACGCAUUCAUCCCGUGGGUCGUGGUCCCAUGGUCUGGUAUCAGAAAUUCGAGUACGCCAUUGGACAUUGGCUGCAAAAGGCGACCGAGCAUGUGAUUGGCUGUGUGCUCUGCAGUCCCGGCUGCUUCAGCUUAUUUCGUGCCAGCGCUCUCAUGGAGAAUAGUGUCAUGAAACGCUAUACGUUGGUUAGCUCAGAGGCCAUGAAGAUGGUGCAAUAUGAUCAGGGCGAGGAUCGUUGGCUCUGCACUCUGCUGCUGAAGCAGGGCUCUCGAGUGGAGUAUUGUGCUGCCUCGGAUGCUUUUACUCAUUCGCCUGAGUACUUUAACGAGUUUUACAAUCAACGCCGUCGUUGGGUACCUUCAACCAUUGCCAACAUCUUUGAUAUACUCGCCGAUGCAAGUACUGUGGUGAAGAAGAACAACUCCAUCUCAACUUUGUACAUUAUGUACCAAGGGAUGUUGAUGAUUGGCACUGUACUGGGACCUGGCACUAUUUUCCUCAUGAUGGUCGGUGCUUUGGUGGCUGUUUUUUCUAUUGAUAUAUGGACUGCUUUCUUGUGGAACUUUUGUCCUAUUCUCGUUUUCAUACUGAGCUGCGUUUAUUUGAAGCAAAAGUUUCAGCUGCUGAUUGCAUUUGUAAUAAGCGCCAUCUAUUGCCUGGUUAUGAUGGCCGUGCUUAUAGGCAUCAUUGUUCAGAUGAUCGAGGAUGGUCCACUGGCGCCGGCUUCGCUUUUCUUUCUGCUGGUUGCUGUGCAAAUUACCAUAUCAGGUUUAAUGCAUCCCCAGGAAUUUUGGGCGCUCAUCUGCGGUGUAAUCUACUACAUCACCAUUCCAUCGAUGUACAUGCUGCUCAUGAUCUUCUCCGUCUUCAACAUGAACGAUGUUACUUGGGGUACAAGGGAAGCGCCAGUGCUGCGAGAUGAUGGGGAAGAGACUCCCAACGAUCCGGAUAACUAUUUGCCAGGCUGGUUAAACGAUAUGCUGCUUAUAGAUUCGGAACUGGGUGAAAUCACAUUGGUGGAGCAACGUUUCUGGAAGGAUCUGAUUAAACAGUAUCUGAAACCUUUAGAAUUAACCAAAGAGCAGAAACAAACUAUGGCUGAUGACUUGAAGGAGCUGAGAAAUAUGAUUGCCUUUGCCUUUGUGAUGGUGAAUGCCAUCUUUGUGCUAAUCGUGUUUCUGUUGCAGCUAAAGAAGGACUAUUUGCAUCUAAAGUGGCCCAUAGAUCCGACGGAUUAUGUGUCCUUUGAUCGCGACAAUCUGCAAGUGGGCAUCUAUAGACACUACAAAGAGUUAGAUCCCAUUGGACUGUGCUUUGUGAUCUUCUUUGGCUUGAUCUUGAUCAUACAGUUUAUAGCGAUGUUCUUCCAUCGCUUUGCCACAAUGUCACAGCUGUUGGCCACCAUAGAACUGGAUUGGUUUCGCUCGAAUGGACAACUGAGUGAUGAGGAUGCGUUGCUGGAGCUGAAUGGCAGCGCAGUGCACAUAGCUCGACGGUUGCAGCGACCCAAGCGACUGUUUGACGAUGACGACGAUGCGGAUGCACAUCACUAUGAUGAACUGGAAGUGGAUCAGGAUAAUCACCGCGAGAGCAUGGUACGCCGUCAGACCAUCUUUAAGCUGCACGAAACACGCAACAAACAGCAGAAUGAUUACAGCGAUCUGGUGCGCAAUUUUGAGCGACGAUUCUUCAGCGAAGAUGAGCUGAACAUGAAGAACAUACCGCUGAGUCGCAAGUCCAUCAAACUGUUUCAAGAACGCCGCUCCGAAGCGAAGAUCAAUGCAGCAGGCACGCCGACUAAUCCUCCAAAGGCGGGAGUUCGACCGCCUAUGGUGCCAUUUCAUGCCAAGAAAGUGAGCUUCAGCAAUAUGCAGAUAUAUGAUAAUGAAUCGCAGUAUUAAAUGAAAUGAUUCUUAGAGUUGUAUUAUAAGCUACUUAUGAUUCUCUUUCUCUAUCUAUGCUGAUAGUUUUAUAAAGAGUUUUGUGUAACCCUAAAAAGCCCUGUGGCAAAAAAUAUAAUUAAUUGCAUUUAA